AUGAGACACAGACGCACGCACGCACCGCCAAUGAGACACAGACGCACGCACGCACCGCCAAUGAGACACAGACGCACGCACGCACCGCCAAUGAGACACAGACCCACGCACGCACCGCCAAUGAGACACGACGCACGCACGCACGCACCGCCAAUGAGACACAGACGCACGCACGCACCGCCAAAUGAGACACAGACGCACGCACGCACCGCCAAUGAGACACAGACGCACGCACGCACCGCCAAUGAGACACAGACGCACGCACGCACCGCCAAUGAGACACAGACGCACGCACGCACCGCCAAUGAGACACAGACGCACGCACGCACCGCCAAUGAGACACAGACGCACGCACGCACCGCCAAUGAGACACAGACGCACGCACGCACCGCCAAUGAGACACAGACGCACGCACGCACCGCCAAUGAGACACAGACGCACGCACGCACCGCCAAUGAGACACAGACGCACGCACGCACCGCCAAUGAGACACAGACGCACGCACGCACCGCCAAUGAGACACAGACGCACGCACGCACCGCCAAUGAGACACAGACGCACGCACACACCGCCAAUGAGACACAGACGCACGCACCGCCAAUGAGACACAGACGCACGCACCGCCAAUGA